UAAAAUGGCCAAAAUGCACAUCCCAGAUCUCAGGACCAAUUAUUUUUACAAGGCAAGAACCGCAUUUUGCAACAAAAUCACAGUAAUAAAAUCUCAGGCGAAUUGAAGCGUCACACUCACUCACAAACCCCUUCACAAAAAGGCAUCCUUUCACACAAAUUACCCUCUAGGGUUCUUCUUCUUCUUCUCCUUCAAAGGGGAAAAUUUUCCUCAGAGCUCAGAAAAAUUCACAUUCUCAGAAUCUCAGAAUCCAAACCACUGGUUUUCCUGUUCCAAAUGGCGAAAACAAGACCAGGCAAAAAGGACGUGGACUCAUACACCAUCAGAGGAACCAACAAGGUUGUCAAAGCUGGUGACUGUGUUCUGAUGCGGCCUUCGGAUACUUCAAAGCCACCGUACGUGGCGCGUGUGGAGAAGAUCGAGCAGGAUAACCGGAGCAACGUGAGGGUGCGGGUGAGGUGGUAUUACAGGCCUGAAGAGUCGAUUGGAGGUCGCAGGCAGUUUCAUGGUGUCAAGGAGCUUUUUCUGUCUGACCAUUUGGAUGUUCAGAGUGCUCAUACCAUUGAAGGAAAGUGUAUUGUGCACUCUUUCAAGAACUAUACUAAGCUUGAGCAUGUUGGUGCUGAGGAUUACUAUUGUAGAUUUGAUUACAAGGCUGCUACUGGGGCUUUCACUCCUGAUCGCGUUGCUGUGUAUUGCAAAUGUGAGAUGCCUUAUAACCCGGAUGAUCUCAUGGUACAAUGUGAAGGGUGCAAGGAUUGGUACCAUCCUGCCUGUGUGGGCAUGACUAUCGAAGAAGCAAAGAAACUGGAGCAUUUUAUGUGUUCUGAAUGUUCGUCAGAUGAUGAUGUGAAGAAACCCCAUGCUACAUUUUCUGCAUCACCAGGUUCUGAUAUCAAGGUGGAGCCUAAGCGGCGGAAGAGAUGACCAACCCUGCUAGAUGUCACUCAUGCCAAAUACAUCUGGUAUGUGGUAGCUGCUGUGUGUGUGUUGUACAGCUUCUUCUAGAGGCUAUAAACACCUUAGUAUUUGACUGAGACUAUGUAUUUAUCUGUGUUAGAUUAUGACAGACAUUCUUCUGUUUCCCUUUGUCUCUGAAAAGAACUAUUAUCCAAGUGUUAAUUCCGGAGGUGAGAUCAAACUUAUGCCUAGGUACAAAGCUAUUCUCAGUUGUUUAAAAUGUUAGUUCCGGUUAGCACUUGACUUUUGUCGUUAAAAAGUAAAAACUAGGAGCCAUCAAAUUUGUUUACCAAUUUCCUUUUUCGAAGGUUGUAUUUAUGGCCAGGAACUACUUGGAAAUUUGGAAUUGAAUGCAAAUGCAAGAGUGUCUUUUGAAGAUUGA